CUGAAAUCCUUCUCCAAGUACCUACGAGCGAGAGAAAGGUACUCCUCUGCUCGAAUCCAUAUCAUCUCCGAUCCACGAACGACCACGUUUGGCUUCACCCACCUCUGCGACCUCCCCUCUGCAAACGCCACCCAACACCAACCAUGGCGGAAAUCAACAUCAAAGUCAAGCACAAAGGUCAGGUGUACGACGUGCCAGUCAACACCGAGGCGAACGGGGAAGAGUUGAAGAUGCAGCUCUACUCGCUCACGAACGUGGAGCCGGCGAACCAGAAAAUCCUCGCGAAGAAGAUGAUCAAAGACGACACGCCGUUGAGCAGCGUGGGGUUGAAGGACGGCAUGACGCUCACGCUGCUCGGCAACCCGAGCGCGGAAGUCAUGGUCGACGCACCGCAGCGUAUCAAGUUUGCGGAAGACAUGACGGAGGCGGAGCUGGCGCAGCUGGAAGGCGCUGUCCCCGCUGGUUUGCAGAAUACGGGCAAUACUUGCUAUGCCAACGCCACGCUGCAGACUCUUCGUGCUAUUCCUGAGUUGCAACAGGAGUUGCUGCGGUAUACGCCUACGGACUCCGGCGUGGGACCCUCUGCUGCAUCCUCCCUCUUCUCUGCUGAGCAGCUUGCUCAGCAUGGUAUUGGAGGGCUGGGCAGCGGCAACGAUCUCACUGCUUCCCUUCGCGAUCUUUACAAGCAAAUGAGCGAGACGCAGACGGGCUUCCCGCCACUCAUGUUCCUCACCACUCUCCGGCAGAAGUUUCCUCAGUUUGCGGAACGGGCGAAGAAUGGGCAUGGAUACGCACAGCAAGACGCCGAGGAAGUCUGGUCGCAACUGGUUCACGUGCUCCAAGGCUCGCUGAAGGUGAGCGACGCAGACCAAGCCGGCUUCUCCAGCUGGGUGGACAAGUACAUGGGCGGACGAUUCGAAAUCACCACCACCUGCGACGAUGCGCCGGAGGAGGCGGCCACCGUUAAUACCGAGGGCUUCCACGACCUCAAGUGCAACAUCCAAGGCGAGACGAAUCAUCUCAGCGAAGGGCUCAAGCUGGCUCUCAACGAGAAGCUGGAGAAGACGAGUCCGAGUCUGGGGCGUGAGGCGACGUACACGCGCGUCUCGCGCAUCUCGCGCCUCCCCAAGUACCUCCCUGUGCACCUCGUGCGCUUCUUCUGGCGCAAGGACACGAAGAAGAAGGCGAAGAUUCUGCGUAAGGUCACCUUCCAGCACGAGAUUGAUCUCUCCGAGUUCUGCACCGAUGAGCUACGGAAGAAGAUUAUUCCUGUGAGAGAUCAGGUUCGUGAAGUGAGGAAGGAGAUCGAGGACGUGGAGCGCGCGAAGAAGAGGCAGAAGCGGAUGCGAAAGGAAGCGUUGGACAGCGCGAACGGCGAGAGCAGUGUGCGCUCCGACGAGCCGCUGCAGAAGAAGAAGGAAAAGGAAAAGGAGCGUGAGCUCAAGGCCAGCGGACCGGACUCGGAAGUCGAACUCGCCAAGGAGAAGAAGGCUGCGGGCGGGAGUCAAGACACCCCCAUGGCCGGUACGGAGGAGACAUUCAAGACGGACGAGGAAAUCGAAAAGGAGCGCGCAGCCUCCAUCCUCGCGGCGAAGCAGGAGGUCCUCAGACUGGUGCACGACGACAUGAAGCACGACCCUUCGGCAGGCCAGACGGCGCUGUACGAGUUGCGCGGCGUGGUGACGCAUCAGGGCUCCUCGGCCGAUUCGGGCCACUACACUGCGUAUGUGAAGAAGAGCGCGGCGCCCGGCAAGACGGAGGAUGGGAAGUGGUGGUGGUUUAACGAUGAGAAGGUGCAGGAGGUGGAGAGUGAGAAGAUUGAGACGUUGGCUGGGGGCGGGGAGACGCAUAGUGCGCUUAUUCUGCUGUAUCGGGCUGUGGAGCUGCCUGAGGUGACGGAGGCGUAGAUGGGGAUUGAGAAGAGGUGGAGCGACGUGGACGAAGUCGACGCAGGCCAUUUGCCUUCCAACAGCAAGACAAGAGAAGCAUCCAAAUGGACUACACCUGCAUCGUAUGUAUCAUAGAGAGGGGAUGAUCACAUGAUCGCGCGGUCAUUUGGUCGCGGUCGUGUCACGAACGCGUGCACUCUAUUCCAACCUCACUCCAUUUCGCGUCUCUCUCUCCCAACCCCUCUCACUCUUCCAUCCUCCCUCCCUUCAGCCUGCUCGCAAGCUCUUCCACUUCUUACCGCCCUCCUCCUCAUCAGUAUCCUUCUCCUUAUAUCACAGUACAUCAUCACCCCACACAUCAGCCAUGUUCUACUCACACGAAGGUACCGUCAUCCCCAUCCAACCCACAUCCAGACGCGUGCCACUAA